AGUCUAAAGACUCCAAACGGAACCUUUCAAACAUAAACUGUUACAUACAGAUAUAAUAUAUAUUUGAUCAUAGUUAAAAAUUCUAAACGCUACUGGUGAGUGGUGAUUGGAGAACUUGUACGAUAAAUACUGCACACUAAGGGAGAAUUCUGAAAUUCUUUUUCCCACUCAUCUUAUUGUCUGAUCAUCAACUCGCUUCUAGCUUUCCUCGCUAUAUUAUUGCCGCCCAGCUCUUUUCUACUUCUCUCUUGUUAGUCAUUGUUGAAGUUUAAGCAAUUUCAUCAGCAUCUUUCCUCUCUUUUCACCAUAAAAAAAAUUUGAAAAAAUCAUGAUAGAUCUGAAUUCCAUUCCAUUUGUAGGACCGUUGGUAGCUAAAAUUUCCGACAAGACAAUAGAAGCACUGUUCCGACAUGUAGAAUAUAUGUUCCGUUACAAGGGUCUUGUUAAGGAUCUGAAAUCUGAAAAUGAUAAACUUCUGGCUGAGGAGACGAAGAUGUCCAGAAAAGCUGAGCAAGAAAGUAACAAUGGUAGAAUACUGGAGAAGUAUGUGGUGGAGUGGCAGAAAGAAGUCCAAGAAGAGCAGGAGAAAGUCACGAGGUGUUUGCAAGAAAAUGAGAAGCUAAAGAGCCAACAGCAAAACUGUCCUCGCUACAUCCGCUAUAUCCCACUUCCUCAUCCCAUCUCUCGUUAUAGAUUAGGCAAGGAGGCGGCCAAGGUGGCCAAGAGCACAACUGAGCUUACUGCAACCGGAAGUCACCACCUGGCAAGUCAAAUUGCAUAUCUUCCUCUGGAUAUGAAUGUACCUGUAACUGCAUUUCAAGAGUUCAAAUCUAGAGAAAAGGCUUAUGAAAAGCUGGAGGAGCUAGUGACAGAUGGAAGCUCUUCAAUCCUUGGGAUAUAUGGAAUUGGAGGAGCCGGGAAGACUCGAUUAAUGGAGCGAAUCACCACAGAAGCUGGUAAGAAGGGAACCUUUAACAAGGUCGUCCGAGCCAAUGUGGGGAAUGAGAAAUUGGAGAACAAGACCAUCAUAAGCAUACAAAACCAGAUUGCAGGUAAUUUAGGUUGCGUUUUUGAACGUCAAGAUGAUGUGGGACAUAGAGCUGGUCAGCUGAGAUCUAGUUUAAAGCAGGGGGGUAAGAUACUCAUCAUCUUAGAUGAUGUAUGGAGUAGGAUACCUUUAGGUACUAUCGGAAUCAUGUCUGCAGAUGGUAUGAGUUCCAAAGGAGGUAAGAUUCUUUUGACGACACGAGAUCACGAGGUAUGCCAGCGUAACGACUGCGGGGAUCUAGUCAAAGUAGAACCUCUUACACCUGCCGAAGCUUGGGAUAUGUUCAGUGAAACAGUUGGUGCUAAGAUAAUCGACUCUCUGCAGAAUAUAUCCGUUGCCGAAGACAUCUGUAAGAGAUGCGGGGGUUUACCACUAGUCAUUCUUGCUGUAGGUAACGCCCUCAAAUUUAAGCCUCUUGAUUCAUGGAAGGAUGCACGCAAUCAACUUAAAUUUUUCAAAAUUCAAGAACUUCCUGGAAUAAGCAAAGACGUGUAUGCGUGUUUAAAGUGGAGUUUUGAUAACUUGGUGGACGAUGCGAAGGCAUGUCUCUUGUUGGCUUCUAUAUUCCCUGAAGAUGCUCACAUUUAUGUUAGCGAGUUGGUUGAGUUAGCAAGAGGCUCCCAGCUUAUAAAGGCUGAUGAUAUAAGAACAAGAGUAUAUUCAAUGAUUUAUAUUCUCAAGUCAGCCUCGUUGGUGCUUCAAGUCCGUUGGGGUAUUAUUGAACGUAUCAAACUACAUGACAUAAUAAGGGACAUGGCAAGAUCCAUUGCUACCAAAGACUACGCAUUCUUAUUCGCAACAAGUAGCUCGUUGCCCAAGCAUCCUGCUGAUUACUCCGGUCUGAAAGUUCUGCAUAUAGAUGUCGAGGAGGAGACUAGUCUACGUUUUCCAAGUAAUGUAAAGUGCCCAGAACUGCAUACACUGUCGCUAUAUUCAUCAUCAUGGACAUCAUCAUGGAAAACACCACGUACACUGAUACAGCAGGACUGGAUCAACGGUAAAAUAUUUACAAAUCUCAUAUUUCUGGUGCUUGUGGGGUUUUCCUGGCCAAAGAAAUUGUCUCUCAAAUCAUUGGGUGAACUUAAAACGCUUUGGUUCGACAAUUGUGACCUAGAGUUCUUUGGUGAGACGGAUGUUAAAAUUCUUCCAGAGGGACUGGAAAAUCUUUGUAUUUGGGGGUCUCGUAUGCCAAAACAGUUGAAUGUACCAGAACUGAGCCAUCUUCGAAAGCUAGACAUCUAUUCCAGUUCCGGAGGUAGAUUAUGUAUGGUGCCAAAUACCAUAUCAAGACUAUCCACUUUAGAAGAAUUACGUUUGCCAUCUAAUUUCUACAUCAAUGAAGAAUGUGCAGAAGGUGGAUCAUUGUCGGUAUUGGACGAGAUUAGUGAAUUGCCACUGACAAGUUUACAUAUUCGUUCCCGAGUAUCCAAGUCAAGUAAACUUGCAACUAUGUUUUCCAACUUACGUGAAUUCCAUUUGUUUGUUGGUGAGCCGCCGGCUAAUAAUCGGUCUAUGAAUCUGUCACCUGUUUCAGUGACGAAGUCAAUUAAGUUGGUCAACCACGAUCUUGUAGAGGGCUACCAGACUCUAUUUCAGAAGGCUGAAGAGGUGAUAUUGUAUGAGACUGAUUUCCCAGGGAGUAGCAUUGGGAUCAGAGACACUAAAGAAUUUAUCAACUUAAGGUACAUGCAAAUUGAAAAUUGCAAGGCCAUGGAGUAUCUAGCAAGGAUUUCAUCACCACAGGGUGAGAUUCAGGAAAGUCUUCAGCGAUCAACACCUUUUUCUAACCUGAUCAAAUUGGAAAUUAAGUGUUGUCUCAGCCUAAAAUACCUCUUCUGCGACUCUAUUGCAAGAUGUCUCCUCCUACUGGAAGAGCUCCACAUAAGGGACUGUCCUUUAAUGGAAGAAGUUGUACGUGAGGAGGGCAAAAGUGAUGGAAAUAUCAUUAACAUGUCCAAAUUACGAAAAAUGAGCUUAAUUAAAUUGCCAAGACUCGUACAUUUUUACAAGGACAAGAUUCCCUAUGCGCAAAUUCAACCUCUGUUUGACAGAAUGGUUGCAUUCCCUUCCUUGGAAAUGUUGGAUAUCAGUGGUUUGGAAGACAUAACUGACAUUUGGGGAGAUAAUCAUGACAAUGCUUCCUCCUUUUCCCAACUGAAGACCCUGAAAGUAAAAUUCUGUAAUAAGCUUAAAAAUGUGAUCCCACCUGCCACGUUGCGUAGUUCACUCACCUCUGAAGUUGACACUCAUGGAAGCCACACAGAUUUGGUUACUGGCAGAGCUCCCGAAGGACUUGUGAAGGCCGUGGUUUCUCAUAAUCCAUACAAAAAAUUACAAAUUUUUUUGAAGAAAACUGUACGUGCGUCGAGAUCUGUAUGCAGGAGGACCCCCACAAUAACAGAAGAAAAUUUGAAUGAUCCCUCUGAUAUUUCAGUUCAAGUUCCGUCCCAAAACACAAAGGUAUGUCCAUUGGUUCAAAUGAGUCUAGAAUGGUUGCCUUGUUUGGAAAAGACAGGGUUGAACUUUGAGGACCAAUCCGGAGCAGUGAGUUUGUACCCGGAUCUUAAAAAGUUAAAUAUAAAUAUAUGCGAAAGAUUGGAAAACGUGUCCAUCAUACCUUGUACCAACGGACAUUUGAUGAACCUUGAGGAAAUGUCCGUGAGGCAAUGCAUUACGAUGAGAGAGAUAAUUGGGGCAGGACCGGCAGGUAAACACAAAAUGGCCAAUGGCAUUGUGUUCCAUAAGUUGUGUUCUCUUCAACUAAGUGACUUGCCAAGUUUGACCAGUUUUUGGGGGGAGGCCAGUGGGGAAGCCAACAGCCACAAGGUUGAAUUCCCAAACUUGAAGAAGCUUCAACUCCGUUGUGGGGAAAAUACUAGCUUACUGGAAAUGAUAGAGUCAGGCAGAGAUGGUUCUACUUUUCAGCUGGAGAACUUAGCAAUAAGCUGUGGUAAGGAGAUACAAAUUCCUAACCGAUGGCUACUUCAAUUAGAUAAUCUGGAAAGCUUGUCACUGGAACGCUGUUGGUCAGAUGAGCUGAAAUCUCUACGUUUCCAGAGAUUGAAUAAACUCACACUUGGUCAACUUAGUUGCUCUAGUAUUUUCUCAUUCCCAGACUUUGAAAGACUUCAACAGCUCCGAGAAUUAAAAAUAAGCAACUGUGAUUCAUUGGAACAUAUCGUGGAGGUUGUUGAGGGUGAAGAAGCUUCUGGCAUGGAUACGAAGACUGUUGCACUACUAGUUCUGCUGGAGAAAGUCACUCUUGAGGGUUUGCCAAAACUCAAAAGUUUUAUUCGCACAAAGUCUAAGAAUCUUAUCCCCUGUUUAGAGCAGGUGGAAGGGGAACCCUCGAUUCUUUUCACAUGCUCUGUCUUUGGAAACCUCCAACAGCUGACAUGGUUAGAAGUGAAAGAUUGCAGAUUAUUGGAAGGCAUCGUAGAGGUUGCAAGAGGCAAUGAGACUUCUAACAGGAUUAUCAGAUUCCCUAAACUCUGGAGAAUUUUUUUCAUAGAUUUGCCAAACCUCCGGAAUUUCAGUCCCGCUACAAGCUAUACUUUCAAGAUGCCCAAAUUAUAUUUUUUUCACCUGUAUCGUUGUCCCCUGGUUGGGAAUAAACCCUUCUUGCGAAUAAUCGCAGAACAGGUAGAUGUUUAUUCCGACGAGCAUCCAGAAGGGAUAGUCGUUCAAAACCUCAACGACUACCCGAGAAGAAUAAACAAGCUCGAAAGCGUGGGGGAAUCAAGUAAAAGCAAUCAGGAUGUGGAAGUUGAAGAAGAGGAAGAGGGAGUUGUUGUACAAGAAGAAAAUGAGAUACAAGAGGAGACCUGAAAAACUUGAAGAAUUGUAAUUCAAAUAUUUUUCAAUCAUCUCGACUUUCUUUUCCUUUUCUCGAGAGAAAUUGUCGGACUGUAUUGUUUUGUUUUGUUUUUGUUUUUUUUGUUUUUGUUUUUCAAAAGAAGUCUGAAUUGUGAAUUGAAUUGGAGGCUCAGUUCAAGACUUCAAGUAAUACAUAAUGAUAUUACCCAAUAUUCAUGUAA